GAAAUAAUUUCCUCUGGAGACGACAACAAGGAUGACGGGCUCAACUUCAACGAGUUCUCCAAGUACCUGAUGGACCACGAGAAGAAGUUACUUCUAACUUUCAAGAGCUUGGACAAAAACAACGAUGGUCAAAUCGACUACAUGGAGAUAAAGCAGUCGCUCGCUGACCUUGGCAUGAACAUCAGCGAGGAGGAUGCAAAUAAAAUCCUUCAGAGUAUUGACGUGAACGGCACCAUGACUGUGGACUGGAACGAGUUUAGGCAGCACUUCCUGUUCAACCCUGCCACCAGCCUGCAGGAGAUCAUCCGCUACUGGAAACACUCUACGGUUCUGGACAUCGGUGACAGCCUGACCAUCCCAGAUGAGUUCACAGAGGAGGAGAAGACCACUGGUUUAUGGUGGAGGCAGCUGGCAGCUGGGGGCAUGGCUGGGGCCGUGUCCCGCACAGGAACCGCCCCGCUGGACAGGAUGAAGGUCUUCAUGCAAGUUCAUUCUUCUAAGAGCAAUAAAAUCAGCCUGGUGGGCGGCUUCAAGCAGAUGUUAAAGGAAGGAGGGGUGACAUCGUUGUGGAGAGGAAACGGAGUUAACGUUCUCAAGAUUGCUCCUGAGACAGCCAUUAAAUUCAUGGCCUAUGAACAGUAUAAGAAGCUGCUCUCCAGCGAACCGGGGAAAAUCCAGACCCACGAAAGGUUCAUGGCAGGAUCACUGGCAGGAGCCACGGCGCAAACCGCCAUCUACCCCAUGGAGGUGAUGAAAACCCGUCUGACGCUGAGGAAAACCGGACAGUACUCCGGAAUGUUCGACUGUGCCAAGAAGAUCCUGAAGAGGGAAGGCGUCAAGGCGUUUUACAAGGGCUACGUUCCCAAUAUCCUGGGUAUUAUUCCCUACGCUGGGAUCGAUCUGGCCGUGUACGAGAGCUUGAAGAACUUCUGGUUGUCCAAAUACGCCAAAGACACAGCAAACCCCGGUGUUCUGGUGCUACUGGGCUGCGGCACCAUCUCCAGCACUUGUGGCCAGCUGGCCAGUUACCCUCUGGCGCUGAUCCGUACCCGCAUGCAGGCUCAAGCUUCUCUGGAGGGCUCGGAGCAGCAGCCGAUGGGCCGCAUGGUGAAGAAUGUCCUGGAGAAGGAGGGCUUCUUUGGACUUUACCGGGGCAUCCUGCCCAAUUUCAUGAAAGUAAUACCAGCUGUCAGCAUCAGCUAUGUGGUCUACGAGUACACGCGCUCCGCUUUGGGGAUCCAGAAGUAGACAACAGAGCCGUCCAUUCCCCGUCAGUCUCUGUCCUUUUCUCUUAAGUACAGACUCACUUCCCUUUCCAUCCAGCAUUUAAAUAAGUUGUUUACCCGGAGCUAGCUAAAGUUUGGACGUCAGCUGAUGAAGGCGGAGGUUUUAAAGUGAGUUUAAAAAAUGGUGCAGCACUAACAAGAGGUUUCCAGAUGUUUACAGGUUCAGGUGCUCUGACACGUUCAGGGUGAAAUGGCUUUAAAUCACAGAGUGGUGGUUCAGGUAGACAUUCUAUUGUUUUAUGAUUCUUAUACAGCAGUCACUUAUUAUUAAAAAAAGCACCUUAUUUUAUCCGUUUUGAUCCUCGUUGAAGGUUUAAAGCCAUCACCCGCUGUCUUUCUUAAAGCUAUUCAGACCAAAAAGUCAUGAUGUCACAACUUUAUACCGGCAACCCUGGGAGUAAAGGGGGCGUGUCCCUCAGAAAUCUGAGAAAAUGUCAAGUGCAAUACUGUUUUUAAAACAAAUGUCACACUAAUGUUUCAGAAAUCACCUCCUGUGGGACAUCGUUGCACCUUUGGUAAAGCGAGAAGAAAUGUGCCUUAUUUUUUUCUCAGAUAUCUGUGGACUCUGCAUCCUCCCUGUUGUUGUUUUUUUGCCUUGUUUUUCAGUGUUUGCUUCAGAGAUGCUGGUGAUUACAAAAAUAAACAUUUGACUACAGAUAAA